AUGGAGACAACUGAUGAUCCUAACACUCAAGACAAUAAUCAAAUUGAUUCUGACAUGCCAUCAUCAUCAACAAACAGUGACGGGAACGGAAAUCAAAUUUCUAAAAAUCAGCAACCAAUGACACUUUCUCCUUUGAUAGCUCUUAUUCUUCUUCAAAUAAAUAAAGUUCCAUCUGGACGACGACUUUUUUCUGAAAUGGGUGGACAUGCUUUCAUUUCGGAGCAACUUCAGCAAAGUAUUCGUGCCUUUGCUGAAAUGUCAAGUUCAGCGUGGCCACAAGGCAGUGCUGCUUUUACUGAUGUUCAGCGACAAUUGCGAAUUAUUGCAUCUCAAAUUAGUGGAACUGUUAUUUCUCAACAACAUCGACAAAAGAGCCAAUUGUUGGAUGGAAAUAGAAUAGUUUGUGGCUCUGGACCUUAUCAAAAUACUAAUGUGAAUAAUCCAAGUACGACUCUGGAUAAACCUGCUGUCAACUCUACUUUUCAUCAAAAUGCGUGGCUUGCAUCUCAAGCCGCAAAUCAACAACAACCGCUUGGAACCGCACAAUUUGGCGGAGCUGGAAUUUAUAAAAAUGUUACGUUUGGAAAUACAAAUGGAGGUGUAAAUGCAACAGGAACAGCAAAAAAACAGAUUGCGUCAAAAUGUAUUGGUUCUAGUGGUUUGGGAGCUCCCGAACAACGCGAGCCGCAGAUUUACAAUUAUGCUCCCAAUUGUUCAAUCCAUUCUUCUUCUGCGAUGGCAAAUCAUCUCCAACAGCUUGUUGCCGCUGGAACAACUCAUAGACGUUCACGUAACCCUAACUGGACUUAUCAUUUUCCAAUUUAUCAGCAAUGGUUGGAUCUUGUUUUAACUUUGCCUUAUCCAAUUAUGCUUAAUGAAAUUGUUAUCAAACCACAUGCUUCUUCACUUGCUUCUGCACCUUCUGCCGUGCAAGCCGAACUUUCUUCUGAUCCUAUUGGUAUUGAUUGGGUUGCUGUACGUUCUCCAAUUCAAACUUUGGGGUGUUCUAGAAUUACUAUUCCAACUACAAAUUACAAAAGCCCUGUUAAAGCGGUUCGUUUGCGCCUUAAAAAACCUCUCGAAUCGAAUAGUUUGGGUUUAAUGCAAAUUCAAUUGAAUGGAAGUACUCAACUUGCAGAAUUACAACAUAAUAACACUACAAAACAACAUUUAGAACUUUUACAUCUUUGGUUAACAUUAUUUCAUCAAAUUGUUAUUUUGUCGAAAGAAGAAGGAGGAGGAAAGGAUAAAUCAUCUACAAACAACAAAUUUUUGUUAGAACCUUCACUUGCACAACAAUUAGUUCAAUUAUUUUUGUGUAUUCAUGGUUGGCCUGGUGAUGAUGUUUUACAAUUACUUUAUAAAAUUAUGCUUGAUAUUGAAACUGAAACUGUUUUGCUAGGAGAUGUUUUGCUAGGAGAUGAGCCUUCAAAUAUUUCUGUUGUUAAAAUUAUUAUUGACCAUUUAUUAACUAAUCACGAAAUGGCAUCUCCUGACAAAUUAAAUAUGCAUUUGGCUGAAUUGCUUUUUACUCUCUGUUCAACACCAAUUUCUUCUUCUAAAAGCACUAUGCCUAAAGAACGAAUGUCACAAUUACUUUCUCGCCAGGAAGAAUUGUUUCGUGGAGUUGUCGAUUUAUUGCAACAUUUAACUGUACAGUCUACUGAUUAUAUGGCUGAUUCUAAUGAAGAUUGGUCAAGAAGAGAUGCAAAAUGGAUGGCCCUUUCUUUGCUAAUGUGGUCAAGUUCGUGUGUUAUUUGGCGUAAUUCUGAUCCAGCUUGCUCGCAAUAUAAACAAACUUUGGCAAUGUGUUCUGAGCUUUCUCCAAAGAUUAUUUCGCAAUUAGCUCGUUUAAGUUUAUGUGACACUAAUUAUUUUGGAACUAUUUCGAAUAAUUCAAUUUAUGAGCAUGUUUGGAAAGCUUCCCGUUGGUUGCUUUGCUCGCUAGCCCGUGCUCAACCAGAACUUUUGGAUCAACUUUUGGACAUUUAUGGAUUUGAUGAAUCUCCUAUACCAGAAAAUUUAAUGAUUUUGGCUGCUCUUUCACAUAUUUGCCAAUCUAAACCGGCAAUUAAUAGAUUGCUUAAUAGUUGUAGUUUCGAGAUUUGGAUACAAAAAACUGUGCAAAUUUGUGAACAAGAUCAAAAAGAAGAGGAAGAUUUGCGUGAACUUCAAGCAAUUGUUCAAUGUAUUGAAGAAUUAACUAUAAUGACCGAUGUUUGUAAAUUUCUCGAACAAAGUGAAUAUGGACCAGCUUUCUUCCGAAAUAUUAUGAAUUUCCUCGUUAAUGCAACAAAAAAUACUGAACGUAUUUCUACUGCAAUUCCUCAAGGUGAAAGGAAAUAUUUUCAUAGUGAUGUGAUUAAUAAUGUUGUUAAUGAAGUUGUUCCUCGUAUUCGUUCUUCAUUUAUUAAUUUAACUCGAAGAUGUUUAACUUUUGGUGGUAAACAUCGUGCAAGAAUUGCAAAAUAUCUUUGUAAAAUAUUGCGAGAUAAAAAUGAGAAUUCUUCAAAUAGUUUUUUCCAACCAAAACCUUUAAAUGAUUUUAUUUUACAAAUGCUUCAUCGUUUAAUUUUGGAUGAUGAAAUUAUUAAGGUGCAUUUCACUGAUGUUGUAGAACAAUUACCUGACGGUGUUGUUUUGCACAACACAAUUUUACCAAUUUAUGAAAGUCAUAAACGAAUGGUUCAUCCAAUUUUUGGUUGUCUUUCUGAUGAUUGUGUUCUCAAUUUUGGUCUUUAUACAAAAUGUUCUGAACUUAUUCCUUCUUCGCUUCAAUCGGGUGCUGAUACUGUUGAAGAAUCCUCAACAUAUGCAUCGAAAGUUUCAUCAAAGACGGCUACUUCCACUGAAAAACCUCCGUUAAAGAAUACAAAAUAUUCGGCAGCAGAUCACUGGUUAAAAUAUCAUGGAUUUGUACCGCCACCUUCAUACUCUUCGACGGCUCCAAUUUCUAUUGAUGGAUUGCAACAACAGCAGUCUAUCUUUCAACAACAAUCAAUGCAACCUCAAGAACCACCGCCUGAUUGGGAUUGGGAUAUGGAGGAUGACUGGUCUGAUGAAUUCAAUUCUACCGCACCAUGGACUCCUCCAGGACCUCAUUCUUCGUCAAUUACCGGCGGCCAUUGCGCAAUGCCAAAAUUUGCUUCGAAAUUGCCAGCUGCUUCUUCAACUCAAAACGAUAGUUCUGAUCAACGAAAAAUUCAAUUAAUUGAUGCAAACACACAACUUCCUUUUGAUGAAGGAAUUACAUUGGGAGAGUUGUUUGAACAACGUAAAAAUAAUAAUAGUGGAGAUUCUGAAAAUGGUGAACAUAUGAUGUUAUGUUUGAGUAUGAGAUAUGUACCAGAAUCAACGCCUGCAGCAAAGCGAAGAGUUUCACAAAAAGCCUCUAAAAAUGCUAAGAAAUCGAAAAAUGAAGAAAAAUCUUCAAUUUCUGUUUCCACUCUCGAACAUUUUGCGCGUGAAGGAGGUCUGAUUGAAUUAUCUAAACAUAUUUAUCUUUAUCGACGAUGUUUGACUCGUUUGCAUAGCUGUCAAGAAAGAUUGUCUUCUGACUUGAUUGAACGUCAACAGCGUGUUUGCUCUAAUAAUAACAACGUUAUUGUUUCUGCUGCUCAUCAGUUUCCACCACAGUCAUCAGCUUCCACCGCAUCAGCUGUCACCGCUCAGGGUCCUCCACAAAUUUUGCAAGCUUUAUCCGCUCCUCCAGGCUUUACUCCGACUACUUUUAUUCCUUUCGAAUUUGUUGACUUUAUGAAUCAGGUAUAUUUAUAUUAAUUAGGGUUGUUAGGUCUGACCAAUGAGUGUGAGCAUUAUUGACUUUAAAGCCCUUUACGAACUGACUGAAAAGUCCCUGAUAGAUUGAAUUUUUCUAUCUGCUUUUUGACACCUUUGGGGAUCUUGGCACCUCUAUCGCAGUCCUUACCUCUAUCGCAGUCCUAGGCGGCGUCACCGUCCUUUCUCCCUUUUUAACCCAUUGGCCCGAUAGGUCCCGUAUCCCCAGCAUCUCUAGCUUCUCACAGGACCG